AUGCGAAGUUCCAUUCCUUCUGUCCUCUACCAUCCACCCAAGGCUGCGCAGCGCCGUGGGGAGAAGAUGUACAUCGUGUUCAGGGGUCUUGCUCUGGGGCCCGGUGUAUAUGAGACUUGGGAUGAGGUGAAAGCUAUGUGCAUCGGAGUCAGCAGAUCCCUCUACCAGCAGGCCCUCAUAGCGUUGUUGCCGCCAUCUGCGCAGCUCAAGCAGAUCCCAUACGACUGUACUAACAUACAGCUUCUAUCAUCGGUCGCCCGUACAAUUAGCGGUGCAUCCGUCACAUUAAAAAGCCCCAUAGUCGCAUCGGGGGGAAACUCCUCGAGUCCGGCAUCAGGGUUGCCAAGUCCUACCGUGCCACCAUUGUGCACACCAUCGCGUUCAGUGCUGCAGUCCCCAGGUGGCCGUAGUGCGAAGCCCCCCACUCCUCUAUUUGAAUGUGAUAUGUGCAAGACCCACUCGGGGCAUUUCUUCUCGCCCUAUGCCACGAUCGUCUCUACACCUCUCUCUCUGAAGCCGCUCAUGCAAAAGGCAGUUGGUGUUGAAUUGCUGCGGGAGGUCAUAGGAAGGACAAUGCCAGUGUAUGAAGGCGAGAUGCUCCCACCUCCAAUCCUCGAACCUGCGAGAACUUCGCAACCUGUACUUCCCUCGCUGUGGACUUCCCCUGCGUCGGUUUCUUUUCCACCUGCCACAUGA